GAGCUUUUGUUUGCGUCGCUUGCAACGCGUUCUACUGUUCUAUUGCUUUCCUAUCCAACACGCCGUCAAGGAGCGUGCUUUGCUCACUGGCUCUGGAAAUAAGUAUGGUUUUGGGCGCCCGCAACACCUGAAAUGUCACGCCAAAUCAAGGACCUUGAAAGCUUUGAGCGUAAAGUCAGACCGAUCUACGAUGCGCUGGAUUCGCGGAAUUGGAAGGGUGCUCUGAAGCUCUGUCAGCAAGCGCUGCAGAAGUACCCGGAGAAUGAGCUUAUCAAAGUGCUUAAGGCUAUUGGUCUGGACCGCAGCGGCAAGCGGGAGGAGGCGAACCAGAUUGUUGAUGAGGUGGUCGCCACGACGCCCAUCGAUGAGCAGGUGCUGCGGCUGGCGGCCAUGGUGCUGCGGGGCUCGGGCCGGCUAGCGGCCAUCACUUCAAUGUACGAGGCGGCGGCGGCGGCAGCUGCGGCGCACGGGCCCGGGCAGGCGGAGCUGGCGCAGGUGCUUUUGAACGACGUGUUCGGGGCGCAUGUCAGGGAGAGCAACUUCGUGAAGCAGCAGCAGGUGGCCAUGAAGCUGAGCAAAGCCAGCGGCCCGGCGGCAGGCGCGGCGGGUGUGAGCUCUGAGCGCUACAGCUGGUGGGUGGUGCUGUCGCUGCUGCUGCAGGCGCGCGCGGCUCUGCGGGCGCGCGCCAGUGGCCAGCCGGCGCCACCGGGGCAAGUGCCGGCCAUUGCGUUGGAGCCCGAGAAGAUGCUGGCGCUGGCAGAAGGCAUGAUGUCGCGGCAGGCCUCCAAGGACAAGAAGCUUGAGGGAUAUGAGGCGUUUAUGGUGUACGUGGACGUCCUGCUGGCGCAGGGAAAGAUUGCUGAGGCACUGGCACUGGUGACGGGCCCGCUCGGUGAGUCCUGCAUCCGCCUACCUGCCGAGCGGCUGCAGCUGCGGGCGGUGCUGGCGGCGCUGAGCGGCGACCUGCAGGCCGCCGCGGAGGCGCUGGCGGAGGGGCUGCGGCUCAACCCGGACGACUGGGGGGCGCUGCUGCUGCUUUUGGACUGCCUGCUGCCGGGCACUGUGCAAACGCCGAGGUCCGGCGCUAGCGCCGACGCGCCACAGGUGUUCACGCCGCAGCACCCGCUCAUCCUCAUCAGCGGAGGCCUUGCGGAGCAGCUACCGCCACGGGGAGCGCCGCUGCCGACAGACGGUGGCGCCACUGAUGAAGCCUUCCAGCGCGCGGAGGGGCUUAUCAAGGAGCUACAGGCGGUGUGCACGGAGUCGCCAACCUCCACCGCCACGCCCUCGAGCCCGGGGCAGGGCGGUGACGGGAAGCCCAUGAUCAUGCGCGGACCCGACCUGGCGCUGGUGGACCUCGCGCUGCGCCGCCACCGCGCCGCUGGGGGCGGCGGCGGCGACACGGAAGCAAACGCGGUAGUGGACGCGGUGCUUGACUACUUCCGCAAGUAUGGCCACCUGGUCAGCUGUGCGGUGGACCUUCGAACCUACGUGGCUGCCCUGGGCCCUGCUGCCAGCGAGCGUCUGGCGGCGGGGCUGGCGGCGGAGGUGGAGGCGGCGGUGGGCACGGCAGGCGCUGGGGAAAAGAAGGACGCGCUCAAGGUGCUGCGGCGGCAGGUGUGUGCGGCGCAGCUGCGAGAUGAGCUGGGUCUGCCGCGCCUGGAGGGCCGCGGCCCCGAGGCCGCUGUUGAGGCAGCGCGGGAGUUCAUGACCCUGUACGCCACCGCGCGGCCGCUGCAGGAGGACUUGGACAGUCGCGAGCGCGGUGCCGCGGACGAGCUGCCCGCCCUGGCCGCCGCCGCGCUGGUCAGCGCUGCUGGCGCGGCGGCCAGCGAUGCCGAGGCCGUACCCUUCAUGCUCGCCGCGUACGGCACAUUGGCAGACGCUCUCCGGGACCGGCCGUACGGCGCCGCUAUGCGCAUCGCGGCGGCGGAGCUGGCGGCGCUGCUGGCGGCGCCAGCCGCCGCCGCGGCGCACGUGUACAAGCUCGAUGUGAAGCACAUACAGCUGGACACUCUGGCCAGCCACCUGCUGCUGCCGCCGCUGCUGACGUGGCCCAGCGCCGCGCCGCCGCCGCCUGCGGGACCCGCCGCGCAGGCGCCAGGUGAGGCGGCUCCCGCUUCCUCCGGCUCUGGGUCCAGCGCCAGCCCGCUGUUGACGAAGGCGCUGUCGGACAGCCGGGCGCUGUUCGAGGACCACGGCCGGGACGCCGGGGAGACGUUGUUUACCGCCUACACCCACGGCAUGUACACCAAGGUGCUUGAGUUCAACGCCUUCCGGGAGCGCCUUGCGGCGGCACACACGUUUGCGUUGGUGCGCGCCGAGAGCGCGAUUGCUGAUAGUCUGUUGCGCGGCGCCGCUACUAACGCAUCCAGUAGCGGCGCCUCCGGUUCGGCCUCGACCUCGGAUGCAGCGUUGUCGGCAGACGCAAUCAGCGCUGCCGCGUUGGCAGCAGUCAAGUCCGUCAGGGCAGCGGGUCUGCCGGACACGGACUCGCUGCGCUUCAACUGGGACCUCACCACGCGGCCCACUUGGUCGCCGCCCUGCACCGCCGGGCCCAACCUGCAGCCACUACAGUGGUGGGGCAGCCGACCGGCCUGCGCACGCGGCCAGGAGUAUGGCCGCCGCUGGUGGUCCGCGCCCUCCUCGUCGGAGGCGGCGGUGUCGGAGGCGGGGGCGUGGCGCGCGGCGCAGGCGGCCGCUGUGGCACACCGGUGGCUGCUGCCCCACUGCAUCGCCGGAGCGCUGGGGGCGUCGGGUCCGGAGGUGCUGGAGCUGCGUGAGGCGGUGGGGCAACUGCAGGCGCUGCUGGACGUCCCCGCGGCCUCGGGCUCCGCGCCGGCGGCUGGCGCGGCCCUGUGUGACGAGCGGGCGGUGCGGCGGCUGGAUGUGCAGCUGUACCGGGCCGCCCUGGCGGUGCAGGAGGAGCUCCACCAGCUAACGGGCGCCACUAAUGGCGCCGACGCUGCGCCCCCGGAGUCCUCGGCAUCGUGCAGUGUGGCGCUGGCCGAGGCCGUGGCGGCCAUCCGCGGCGCGGCUGAGGCCGCCACCUCGCGCCUCAGCACCGAGGCUGCGGCCGCAGAGGCGUGGGGCGGCGUGCUGCCCGGCGGCGCACUGGCGCAGCUGGCGCACCUGCUGCGAGAGCCCAUGACCGUCCUGGCGGCGUGCUUGCAGUCUUAUCAAGCAGCGCUCAAAGCCCUGCAGAAGAAGCGUGGCAAGGCGGCGGGCGGCCAGGACGGGCAUCUGCAGAAGCUGGCGGCGGAUGUGGCAGCGGCAUCUGAGGAGCUGACUUCGACCGCGCGUGCCUGCGGCGACACGCUCUCGUCUUUGAAGGCCGCGGCUGCGGGACGCGCUUCGUCGGCGACUGAGGCGCUGCUGCGCUUCCUGCAGGAGCGGGGUGCCGGUCCGUUUGGUGAUGGCGCGCGGGCUGCUCUGACGGCGCUGGCCCGGGAGCAGGAGCUUACGCUUGCAGCGCUGGCCCAGGCAGCGGUUGCGGUUGCCAAGCUUGCCUCGUAGGGGGCAGGUUGCGCUGGCGUCGUGGACUGCCAUCCAUCAUUCGGGGGCCUGGCCACCACUAGCGGGGUCCACGACAGGUUGCAGCACGGUGUGCGUGUGCAAGGCUGGAUUCAUUUUGUUGUCGCAGCAGGCAGUGCAGCUGGAUUGCCAAUGACGUGAGCCAGGGAUUAGCGUCAUCAGUUUUGCCAUGUCUGGGUGGUGACGCUUGUGGAUUGUGAUUCCGUGGUCUCGCACACGUAUUCUACGCAUGCCAACGCGGGACUGGAUUAGGAGGGCAUUUGCUAGCUUUGCAGUACGGUAUGGGGCCAGAGAUAUGAGACGCUGUGGGAGGAAGGCCUGACGGCGCGUAAGUGCCUACUCUAAGGGUAGCCCCAGCUCGUCAUCAAGUCCUUUUACGGCGUUCCUGCUACAUUGGUAUCGAGCAUUCAGGUUCUCUGAACUCGAACGAACACGUUUGAGAGGUCACGAGUUCAAUCCGCUGUGCGCGCGGAUCGUCGUAAGAGGCUACACAAAGUGUAGUAGCGAAGCAUUCACUUCGAUUUGAUUUGAUAGCGACGCGUUGAGAGGCAAGAUCCUCCCGCAGUCCACCUGACGCGAUGAGAGGCACGCUCCUCCCGCAGUCUUCUGAUGAUUACUCCGAAUGCUUCUGCGAAAAACUGCGUUUAGAGCCUGGUGGCUACACUACCCCUGGCCGGGACGUCCAGGCCCGGUGGGGGAGAGUGUGGGAGGAAGGCCUGACGGCGCGUAAGUGCCUACUCUAAGGGUAGCCCCAGCUCGUCAUCAAGUCCUUUUACGGCGUUCCUGCUACAGACGCACACCAGGGGAACGUGCCUGCAAACCGCCGUCGGUCUCGCAGCUGCGUGCAAGGGGAGUGCAGAUCGUGUCGGUAAUCACAUGCACUGUCCCCCCGCACCAAUCUACCAUGCUUGCCCGGCAUAAUGCUUGCCCAGAAUAUUCAGCGAUAGCGGUGUGAUCAGCGACAUCAGCGACGUCCAUAGUCCAUGCCUGCAGCUGCCGUCAGCCCCAAACCAUGCGUGAAUCACCGUAUGAUAUGCGGUACUAUGGCAAUAUG